GUCCGCUCGCGAAUAUUAUCUAUUCUUCCGGCAUUCUCAACAUCCUCCCACGCUUCUCUUCUCCACAAAAAGCGAAUUACAAUGUCGUCCACCAUCGCAAUUCCAACCAUCGACAUUACCCCACUCCUCGGCCGGAGCUCAACAGUCGUCCAGCGCCAAGAGGUCGCCGUCGCGCUCCUGAACGCCUUCACGACCUAUGGCGUCUUCUACAUCACCUCCUCAACCCACCCCGUCUUCUCCUCCUCGAAAACCAAGGAGAUUCUCAACGCCACCAAAGGCCUCUUUGCCCUCGAUGACGCUCAAAAGGCCCAGAUUCCCAAGAUCCAACCGGGUGGGUUCACGCGUGGGUACGUCCCCAUCGGUGGCGAAUCCGGCUCGAAGACCAAGGAGCUCAAGGAAGGAUUCUCGUAUGGAUACGAAUGGCCCGUUGCAGAAUUGGAAGCCCGAAAGGCGAAGGGGGACGAUGGGUUGAAUGGAUUGCAGGGUCCGAAUGCCUGGCCUACCCAGGAGACGUUGGACCGAUUGGAUGAAGAACGCGGAAGGGGCGCGUUUAAGCAUACGUUGCAGGAGUUUUAUUUGAAUGUAUGUGAGGUUGCCAAAGGUCUGCUCAAGGGAAUCGCGUUGGCCUUGGCAUUGCCGGAGGAAGAACUGGCCAAGUACUGUACGACGAGCGAGACGAUCUCGUUCAUGCGGUUAUUCCAUUAUUUGCCCUAUGGCGAUCAAGCCCAUGAUGCCCAGAUCGGAUCCAGCGCCCACACGGACUGGGGCUUCCUCACAUUGAUCCUUUCGCCCUCCAAGACCGUCGGCCUCCAACUCUUCCACGAUAACGCAUGGCAUGACGUUCCAUCGCUCGAGAACACACUAGUCGUCAACGGUGGCGACUAUCUUUCGCUCUUGACUGGAGGCAAGUUGAUCAGCCCACUGCACCGCGUCGUUAGCAACGGACAAGAGGAGCGAUAUUCGAUGUGCUGCUUCUACUACCCAGACUACGCCGCCAAGAUCCCGCUUCUGGUCCAGGACAAGGUCAGUGGCCAGGCUGCUUCUGGAAACUACAGUCUCCUCCGUGAUCAGCGUGACGACGAGGGAGGAUCGACGGUGACUGCUCAGGACACUGACGGACAGGAUGCACGAUCGGUCGCUACCAAGCUGUUGAACGGCGACAUCAACUUUGGUGACUACAUCGUCAGCAAGUGGACCCAGGUGUACCGCAAGGGUGGCUACUAAGACAUGCCAUUAAAGAAUACU